AUGGGUCUUUCACGCGUCACUCUUGCCCUUACUCUUAUCGUUGUCCUUGUGGGGUCUGCCAUUGCCCAAGGACCCGUUAUGGCCCCAAGCCAAGCCCCCACCACAUUGUCCACACCUGUGGCACCCGUCCCAGCCCCAGUAGUAGUUGUGGCUGCACCUGUCCCAGCCCCAGUGGCCGUGACCGCCACACCCGUGGCACCCCCAGUAGAGGCAACUGCUGAUGCCCCUGUAGCGGAAACCCCAACCAUGGCUGCUAUGACUCCAACUGACGUCACCAUGGACGGCCCCUCCAUGGCCCCCGCCCCGGGACCGGAUGGCGUUCAUGAUGAUCUCGAUGGUCAUGAUCAUAAUGGUGCUUUUCUUCAUGGAAGCAGCUUGGCUCUCAUUGCUGCCCUUGGAGCAGUUGCUGUCUUUGCCUAA